CCCACGCAGCCUGCCAGCCAGUGCCGCGGCUGGAGACCUGGAGCCGCCAGUCAGCCCUCGGCCCGGCCCGGGACCGAGCAGAGCGCGGAGCGCGGGGCGCAGGAGACCUGCAAGACUGAACUGCGCGCAGCUCUCCUCUUCCACGCCUCCUUGUUUCCCUUAAAAAAAAAGAGAGAGAGAACUCUCUUGUUCUCACUCGAACUUGGCGGAGCCAGGGAGGGAUCAGAAAGGCACUGACGCAGAGGUUUUAUUUGACCAAGUUCUGGGCAAGUCACAGGACCCACGAGGCCGGAGUCAUCCCAGCUCCCGGCGCUUUCAGCCUGGCAGUGCCCUUGGGGAACCAGCUUGAAGCCGAGGGCGGGAAUGCCAGGUGACCCUGGACUUUGCUUUUGGAGUAAUGACCCUACCGGUGGUCUGCGCUCAGGUGGCCUGGUUCGGUGAGCGUCUCCGCCAGUGGUAAUGCACACUUAUUUUAGGAAGUACAGCAAAAAGAAGAUGAAGGCUGCCCAUAAUUCCAUUACCAUUCUGGUGUGUUUCCUGCUGGAAGAACAAUGCAGUAGACAAUCAUUUACGAGGUGACAUGAUGUGCAAAUCGCUGCUAGAUGUUGGGGCUGCAGAGCAAACAAGGGAGACACACACCUUUCCUUGUGGGACUUGAUGCCAGUGGUGCCUACGGGCACGAAGCAAAGUUUCCUAUACGACAACUGAGGUCUGAUCGCCACGGUGGCCCCAAGGCGCUGGCGCCAGUAGGAUGGAUGACGACACAGAGCUGAGGACUGAUGGAAACUCGCUUCUAAAGGCUGUGUGGCUGGGGAGGCUCAGGCUGACCAGGCUCCUCCUGGAGGGGGGCGCUUAUAUCAACGAAAGCAAUGACAAAGGGGAGACGGCUCUCAUGGUGGCCUGCAUCACCAAACAUGUGGACCAGCAGAGCAUCAGCAAGUCCAAGAUGGUGAAGUACCUGCUGGACCAGAGGGCUGACCCCAAUAUCCAGGAUAAGUCUGGCAAGACAGCUCUUAUCCAUGCCUGCAUCAGGGGGGCUGGCGGAGAAGUGGUCUCCUUGCUCCUGGAGAACGGAGCUGAUCCCAGCCUUGAGGACCGCACUGGGGCUUCAGCGCUGGUCUACGCCAUAAAUGCAGAUGACAAAGACGCCCUGAAACACCUGCUCGACGCCUGCAAAGCCAAAGGGAAGGAGGUGAUUAUUAUAACGACAGAUAAAUCAUCAUCAGGCACGAAAACCACCAAACAGUAUCUCAAUGUCCCUCCUUCACCCAAAGUGGAAGACCGACAGCCACCUCCACUGUGCAUGUCGCCCUCGGAUAUUGAACUGAAAGCCCCAGGCCUGGGCUCUCCACCCAGUGAGAGGGAAGAUGAUUUCUUCAGCCUCCAAACAGGGCAUCUGAGUAGUUGCAACACUGCCAAGGCUCUGAAUGAGCCUGGGUCACCCACCAGGAAAGCAGGGAACCCCAAGAGGGCCCGCCUGCCCCAACUGAAGAGGCUCCAGUCUGAACCCUGGGGUCUGAUCGCGCCGUCCGUGCUGGCUGCCAACACGCGUCAGGAUGAGACCUACGGUGCUAGCGCAGAUGGUGAGGUCAUCAAGAGCAUUAGUGAUAUGUCCUUCCCCAAAAGGGGGCCGCUCUCCAGAACCAACAGUAUCGAUGGCAAAGACCCCACCCUCUUUCCCACAGUCACAGAGCAGGUUCUCAAGAUCCCAGCCUCCCCGGCACCAGCAUCCUGGAAGGCAGUCUAUGAGAAGGGCCAGGCUUCCCACCCUCGCCUGGCCCGAAGAGGAACUCUCCCCAUCGACCAGGAGAAGGCUGGUGUCAGUGCCACAGGGUCCCCCGCUCUCAAAGAUUCAGUGUCCCUCAAAUGGCUAGAGAAUGACCUGCAUGACUUAGAUUUACAGGCAGCAGCGGAGCAGCUCAGCUCUGUGUCCCUAGAGCCAAGCAAAGGACCCUUGGACAGGAAGAGGCUCAACGGCUCCCACCUGGCCCUCUUCCAUGGCUCAAGGGAGUCCCUGGACGCUGCACCCAGCACGUCCCCCAGCUCAGCACGCCGCAGACCACCGCAUCUUCUGGAGAGGCGAGGUUCUGGAACUCUGCUGCUGGAUCGAAUUUCGCACACCAGGCCCGGCUUCCUCCCGCCUUUAAAUGUAAAUCUGAACCCACCCAUCCCAGAUAUCAGAUCUAGCAGCAAACCUCCUUCUCCACUUGCUGGCGGCUUAAAAUCCAUGGUUCCUGUUGCGCCAAGUUCACCAAAGAGAGUUGACUUGAGAAGUAAAAAGAAGCUCCUCAGGAGGCACUCUAUGCAAGUGGAGCAGAUGAAGCAGCUAUCUGACUUUGAAGAAAUCAUGACCUAGAAGCUUUCAGAGGGGUUUUGAAAAAAGACUGUAGUUAAUGAAAGGCUCUGUAAUCUUGGCCAACAGAGCCAUGCAGACCCUGUGCAUCCCGUUCAUCCCUUAGGGCUGGUGGAAGAUGUGGAACAAAGUGCUGUUUCCUUUCUGAAAUGGUCUCUGGGUUUUUACGGGCUUACUUGAAGAGAGCUUGGAAUAAUUGGGUUCUAGACAGGAAAUCAUCACAAAAAAAAAAAAAAAAAUUCUCCAAAGGAAGAAAGCCUCCGGGGUUUGGAAGGAGCACAGCAAGCACAAUGAUCUAGGCUCAGUUCUCCUCUGCCAGACAGACAAGAACUUAGAGCCUACAACAAUAUUCAAAGUAUGCCCUUUGUAAUAAAUCUAUAAAGUGCCUACAAAGAAGAUGAGGCUUUCACAUUUGUCGGGAUGUGCGAAAGCUCCAAACCAACCCUGAAGCCAGGAAAUCUGGUAGCUGUGCUCUGUUGGAAGGAGAAGUGAGCUCCCCUGUCAGGGGGCUCUAGCAGGUAGGGCACCAUCCAGCACGGCACACUUGAGAUCUUUCCAAACCCCAGUUACACACUGUGUUCGCACGCAUAUCUGGAUGUGCUUCCCCAACUAUCAUAACAUGUCCCCCAAAUUCUGAUGUGCCACACUCGUUGAUGCCUCCGAGAGACAGUCCUGCCUCCCUCCCGCCCCGAAGCAAGCUCUGCGUUGAAAGCUUGUGAAAAAACAGUCAGGGUCUGUUCAUUAAUUUGGAAUGUGUUGAAUGUGAUACAAUUUCCAGAAUAGACCUGUUUCAUGCUUGUUCUUAAGAAAACUUGAUGAGAGAUCCCCAAAGCCAGAGCGGUAACUAAUGAUGGGGUAUAUACAGAUGAAAAGCACAAGUGGGUGGUUCUCAGGCCAGAAGCAGUGGGGACUGGACUGAAUUAUAUAGCCUGAAAAUGCUAAGGGGUGCAGACUGUCAUUUCAGCUACUCUUGUAGAGGUAAUUCAAGAAAAAUCCAGUUUCUGCUUUGCCUGAAUUUUCCACGUGAUAGGGGAUUUGUAAAAAUAACCUCCCUGAAUGACCCUCUCCAGCCACGUUGCACUCACCCCAGGAGGGAAGCAGAGACUUGGUACAUUUGGAGGAUUGUAGCUGUGUUUCAGAUGAAGGUGUUCCUGGUUAUCUCCCAUCUACUUUUCUUUUCCUGCUGCCCAGACACAUUUGCUCUAGGGUUAGAAGAAUUUGGUGAUCCCUGGGCAUCUCAUCCCAGGAGGAAUGAGUAAAGGCUCUGAGAUUUGGGUUUGUAUCCUUGUUUCAUCAUUCACCAGCUUUGUGAUUUUCCUAAGCCUCCACUUCCUCAUCACAAAAGGGGGUUGACAGUGUUUCACCUUGAAAGGGCAAGGGAGAGUGAAGUGCAGUGUGCCCGAGAGAGCCUGCUGCCGUGCCUGGCACGGAUAAGUAAGUGGAUGGGAGGUAGCUAAUUCUGAUUCACAUCUUCAGACCUCUGAGGCUUCCCCAUCUCACAUGAUGCAUGAUAUCCUACACAAAAUGGACUAAAGUCCAGCUGAAAAAUUCAAGUGUCUCCUUGAGACUCCCAGUGAUUCCAUAAUACUGAGCUCUCAGUAUGUUGGCAAAGUAGAAUAUAUUUGGCCACAUCUGCCAGACAUUUAUCCCAAACAAAAAUGCUGAUGAUGUUUACAAAUAAAUCAAAUAUUUAUUUUUUAAUCAUUCCGUUGGGGCAGGCCCAUACUCAACCUUGGCACUACUGAAAUUUUAGGCUGGAUAAUCCUUUGUUAUGGGAGACUGUCCUGUGCAUUGUAGGAGGUUCUGCAGCAGCCCUGGCCUGACACCCACCAGACACGGGUAGCAUCUUCCUCCUACAUGUGACAACCAAAUACGUCUCCAGACAUGAUCAGACAUGUCCUGGGGGCACCAUCACCUCGGCUGAUCACCACUGCUCUGGGAGGCUGACAGUGCAUCUGGCAGAAAUAUGUGGAGACCAACAAAGCUGCAUGGAGGUGUGGGUCUGGCUGGGUCAGCCCUCGCAUGGACUUGAAGCCAAUUGAAUUGUGCUUUUGUAGGAUGAUUAAUCGAUUCAUAACUUGGGCCCUUAGGAUUCUUGGCAAAAUACAAAUGGGUUGCUAGUGGCCUCUUGUACUUUGCAGGGGGGAAGAAAAGCAUGUAAACUAGUGAAAACAGAGCUCAGGAACCUGGUUUAGCGUGGACAAUCCAUAUGCUUCUCGGGACCACUGAGUCACGAAAAGUCCUUACCAAAUGGACAUGAUUACAGGCAAAGAAACAACUCUCCAAUGCAUUAGAGAGAAUCACACAGACAACCAUUGUUCUCAGCAGCUCAUUAAAUACCCAUACACACUCAUGUGCACACACAUGCUACACACAUACACUCCAAUUGUCGUUAGUGCCAGGGAAAACUAACGUCUGCUAGUAGAUCUAGUCGUGGGGAUCUCAUAGACCUACUAGAUCUCUGCUAGUAGAUCUACCACUGCACAUGUCCAUUUCCCCAAACCUUUAGCUAAGACUUGAAAGCCUAAUUUAUCCUAAAUAGUGAGUGAGGCACAUUCAUAACAAUUAGCUUACAUGAGACAUGAAACGUGAUAGCUAUUUAUCCAGAAUAACCUGUCUGUCCCACGAAUGCCUACAGCAGGUGCUCUCAGGGCACUCACAGCCUGCCUCCAUCAGUUAUGACCUGUCCAUUGGCCUUUCUCUGGACAGUCUCCAGGAGAGAACCUUCUUUCAUCCCUGUUUAAUGAUGCAUUAGCUGGAUUAGACUGUUCCAAACCAGUGCGACCAAAACUCUUUAUCACGGUUAGUGCGUAAGUAGGUGAUUUUGUCCACGUUGACAGACCUCACAAGGAUGCUUCUUAAAAGUGUACUUUAGAUUCAACUAUGUUUUCUAGACCAGAGAUUAGCUUUUCUUUUGGAAAACUACUAUCACUACAGAAGUUAGCUGCAAACUGUAGUUGUAAUUACCCAUCCACUUAACUUUCUGGAAUAUUUAUCAAAAUAUAUUAUAGAACAGGAGCCUAAAGUUUCAAAGUCUGGAAAUUCAGUUUAGUUUCUAGACACUCCAAAGCCAGUUUUUGUUUGUUUGUUCAAACCCAUUGUCAAUUAUUCUAGAAUUUCAUCAGGUAAACAGUAUCUUGCAAAAUGCAGGCUGUGUCUGACCUUCCUCCUUUGUGUGUGUUGGUGCUUUGGACAUAUCGUGUGUUGCUUGAAUCGGUUCUCUGUGGCAUUAUACUCUAGUCUCAAGCUGACAAUGUGCUCAAAGAUAUUUCAAAAUGCAAGUAAUGGAGCUUUUUAGGUACCUCUAACAUGUCAAUAAAAGAUAUAUUGCAAUCCUUCCA